AUGGCCCCUAACGACUAUGAUCCCGCCAGGGACAUCCCAAAUUUGGACGGCAAGGUUAUUCUGAUCACAGGCGGCAAUAUCGGCCUCGGAAAGCAAUCGGCCCUGGACCUCAUAAAGCAUAACCCAGCCGAGAUCUGGCUCGCUGCCCGCAACUCCCAAAAGGCCGACGCCGCCAUCACCGAACUCAAAGAGACAGCCCCUCAAGUGUCUGUCCGGUUCCUCCAACUCGACCUAAGCUCCUUCGAAUCCGUCAAAAACGCCGCUCGCAUAUUCACAUCUUCUGUAUCUCGUCUUGAUAUCCUCCUCCUCAACGCUGGCGUCAUGGGCUGCCCACCAGGCCAAACCAGGGAAGGCUACGAGACGCAUUGGGGAAUCAACCACGUUGGUCACGCCUUGUUGCUCAAGCUUUUGACUCCCCUGCUUCUCAGGACAAGGUCCAAGUCUCGCUCCGAGGUGAGAAUCGUCUCGGUCAGCUCUGUCGCCCACAAGUUCGCUGUUUCAGGCGGCAUCAAGUUCGACAUUCUCAAGACCAACGGAGGGGGCGAAUCGCCCAACAACCUAUACGGUCAGAGCAAACUGGCAAAUCUCAUCUACGCCAGGGAAUUUGCCGAGCACCACCCGGAGUUGACAUCUGUUUCCAUCCAUCCAGGCACCGUCAAGACGGAUCUUCAAACCUCUGGCGGAAACCUGCUCAUGCGAGGAUUUCAAAAGUUCAUCGUUCCUCUCAUUGGAGUUGAAGUUCAGGAGGGUGCCAAGAGUCAGUUGUGGGCAGCCACAGCCAAGGCUGGUGUUGAAAGCGGAGAGUACUAUGAGCCUGUUGGAGUUGCUGGACGAGGUAGUGCGUUGUCGAAGAACAAGGAGCUGGGCAAGAAGCUUUGGGAUUGGACGGAGAAGGAACUUGCGGCACAUAAUAUCUGA